GUCAUGAUAUAACCAAAAGCAAGCUUAUAGUAAUUAAUAUCAAAGUAGGUUUAAGUGCGCAAAAUAAACGUUUUUCCGUUUACCAGCACUCAGGCUGAUCAGGCUUUAAAUAAUGUAUUCCAGGAUAAAAAUAAGCUGUUGCCAAUGUGCUGGAGGAGUUCUGUGCAGAUAUUUGAGUUCAGCCGAAAUAUCGACGGCGCUGCGGCCUUUUUACUUCAGUGUACAUCCAGACUUGUUUGGAAAAUACCCAGAACAGAGAAAGAUAAAUGAAAACUCAUUACAACAAUUAAGUGCUCUAAUAGAGGCACAGCAAUCUAGUCAAAGAAUGUCUAUACCUCCACUAUCAUUUUACUUAAGGCAAAAGGAUAUGGCAGAAGGUGAAUUCAAACUAGUCAGAAUCCAGUUGAACAGCAGUGAUGUUAGGGAAACAGUUGUAAAAGUUUUAAGUGCAUGUGAUAUAUCUACAAAAUAUAUUGAUAAGAUACCAAAAAGUCCACAGAAGAACAAUACUUUUAGUAAGGAAAACUUUACAAAAGCUUAUAAAGAAUACAGUGUUGAAUUUGAGAAAGUUGCUCGAAUGAAGAGAAAAGUUCAGGAAAAGAAAGCAGUUGAAAAUCUCAUAGAGUGGAUCUACGACAAUAGUGCAACAGCACGGAGUAAAUAUGAAGCAACAAGUGCAACCAGGGACCAAGUGAAGAGCUUAAUGGACCACCUAUGCAGUACUUAUGGUAUAAAAGAAGUAAAAUAUGAUGGUGGUUGGAAUAUUAGCCAUAUCAGAGGUGCGCUACAAAGUCUGGUUGCGCUAGCCACGCAACAUUCGCAACAUAUGAGUAAUUUAACAGGUAGAAACAUUGCCUUAGGACAAUUUACUGGCGUAAGCUUAGAUGGCGAUGUUUUCCUGAAUAUUAUUGACGUAAGAAACGAAUGGCUCUCGCUUAUUAAAAAGGUUAGCCAAGAAGAUAGCGCUCUGACACAAAUACCUCACUAUGAAGAGGCUUUGUCCAGUAUACUAAGGAAUAUACACAUUUGUAGACGGAAAUUCAUGCCAAAAGUGUCAGCUCACCAGUACUGCAGCCACUUGAGACAGCUCAUCACAUCCAUCGGGGACUUUUACGGGCGCGGGAAGAAGAUCCCUGCCUCGGUGCCGGAAUCGCUUAGCAAAUACCAGAUUGUGGUUGAGCCGGAGGCCGGUCCCCUGAUGCUGUCCCCCACGGGCCAGUUCAUCACGCCGUCCUCCUGUCCUGCCGACGAGCUCAUCUACUUCAUCAGCAACCACCUGGACGAAGCCAUGAUGCUCCUCACUGAGUACAGCAUCAACAAGCACGUGGAAAAGGCACUUUACAAAGAAGUGAAAGAGCGGUUCGGCCUCUUGGAGCUACACAAAGACGACAGCAUCACGCCGGCGCUCAUGAUCCUGUGCUGCCAGCGGCUGCUCACGCGCAUCGACAAUAUUGACACGAAAUUACAAGGAAAUAUUGUAUACGUCACACAUUACUACUCGGUACUAACGGAGGGCGUUUUAUGCAUACCUUGGAACUUCAAAUGAGACCUUUGCACACUUAUACCUACAACGUAAAGAAUUUAAAUAUUGUACAUAGGUCACGCUGAAAGUUUUAGAGUAGACCAUUUUGAGAUAAUACAGUUAAUAUAAACCAUUUUUAUAAUGCACUCCACUACGCUUUACGCUUUAUAUUUUUUUUUAUUAAAAAAAAUAUUAUUUAGUUUUUUCAGAUACUUUCCAUUCGGUUGUCGUUUGUUUUUUUUAGGAUUGGAAAUUUAAAAUCUUGUGUUAUAAUUUCUUGUGGCCCCAGUUAACUUCUUAAAGAUGUGAUGACGAUGAAAAUAGGAAAUUUUAAUAAUGAAUUACUGUUUCUAUCUUUUAAUACAAUUUUAUCUAUUUCGUACUUCUCUUAUUAUCAUUAUAGCGACUACCAAAAUAGCUGCAUAUCAGCAAAUUUUCGAGUCUGAAAGCCUAAGAGCCAACAUGACACAACAAAUACGUAUACAUGUUGUUUGAGCGAUUCUAAAAACUUAGUGUUAUCCUCGUAUUUAUUUACUCCCUGAUUCAUAACACUUUACAGGCCAGAAUUAGUUAAUUUAUGUAUUAUCCCUUUCUUACAAAUACAUAUACAUGAGUCAAAAUGACAUAUUAAGACAAACAAUUGACAGCUAAUGGAGCCCUGUAACGUUUAUAAAUAGCUGAAAAAAUAGUACCUGGUUAAAUAGUUUAAUUUUUAAGUAUGUAAGUACUCGCCAACUGUUACAGUAGGUAUAGUUAUAUCUUUUAUUGCAUGCCAAUUUUUCCUUGGAGUGAUACUUUUAAAACUCUCGUUUCAAAUAGUAAAAUAUAAAUACAUAAAGCAUUUAGCAUUUCUUUAUUUCGUGAAACAAAGUUCAUCAAGAAUACGAAUUAGUCGAAACUAUGUGAUGUUACCUUUAUUUCAGUCAGUAUAAAGGCGUAUCCAGAUUAGUCAAUUUUUCGCCAAUUUGAUUCAAUUUCCUGAUCGAAUCAGGAGGUGCGGAUGCAAAUACCAUUCAUUUCUGAUCAAAUCGGUUGAUUUGAUCCGAUGAUGAUGAUGAUUUGUCCCGUCUGGAUACCACUUAAAAAUAAUAAAGGAGUGAAUCUUAGUGUCGUGCUCCGUGACAGUAUCUUGUCCGCUUUUGUUUUAUUAGCUGUGGUCAACAAUAUCAAGCGAGUGGUUAAAACGAAGCCUGCGAUUAUCAUCUAAUCUUUAAUCAAAAAUAACAAGUUUUUUAAAUAGUAGGUAUUGAUAAUUUUAUGAUUGCAGUUUAUCACGUUGGAUUUUGUAAUAUGCUUUUAAUGCUUAGAAUCGGUGCCACAAUGGAUCACAACUUUAGAAAAUUAUAACGCUUACAUUAUUUUUACAAUAGAAUAUGAAAUCGUUUCGAAUUUACAUUAAUUUUAAUAUUAGUUACUAGUAAAAAGUUUUAAACAGAGAUGUAUAAAAUCAUGGAUAAAUGUAUUGUAAUAUUUUGUAAAAAGCGAAUAUGAUAAAUAUAUGUAAAGUCAGAAAUAAAGCUACUAGUAAA